AUGGAGAAUUCGGCGUAUGCCGCCACCUCCGCCCAUUUGAACUCUCCGGCACUGGUCGUGUUUUCGCAGGCGGCUUCGGGGUUGCAGGAUGUCCUCAGGAUACAGCGACCUUUCAACCAUCAGAUGUCUCUAUCGGAGGCCUCUAAGGAGCUCCACCAGCAGCAGCAACAACAACAACGUUUCAACGCCGCCUCUGCCGCGUUCAGUCUCCGACACAUGGAAGCCGCGUAUGGGGCGCUCCCGAGCCACAUCCUCAGCCAUUUGCAGCCCCAAUUCCUGCAUCCGUGCCUGUCUUUGGGCUCGGGCGCGGGGGCCUUCAGGCCGCUUACCGACUUCAAACAGCUGCCGCCGCCGUCGGCGUUUGCGCCCCCCAAGUGUCUCAAGAUCGAGACCAAUGCCGACUCUAUGCACUCGAUGCAGCAGCACAGCGGCGGAGGCACAGGAGGGAGCAUCUUCUCGCCGGCCGAAGACCGUCUGUUAGGCCCGAGCCCGCGUACGGAUUCGUGCUCGCCUGGGAGCGCGUCGCUGUCCCCGCAAUCUCAGACGGCGGUGAAAGAAGAGAGCCUCGAUGCUCAAUUGUCUGAGGAUGGCGGAGAGGGGGGAGGAUAUAGGCAGGGGGACGGGGAAGCAGGAAGUGGAGGGGGAUCGCCCACGCCGACGACGCAGGAGCAGGAGCAUCACAGGGGAUUCAGAUGUGAGUAG